AUGUCGCGCCACACUCUCAGCUUUAAUAGUUUGCACCCGAACGGUACAUCUAGAGCACGCAUCAAUGAUCUCCCUCCAGAGCUGCUCGAGGAUAUAUUUUGCACCUGGCGUCGCUCCCUGUGGACAGAAGCGACAGGACACUGGUGGUGGAAUGCCCACGCGUGGAUCAAGACCCUGGCGAUGUGCAGAUACUGGUAUGCCGUCGCCCUGCGAUGCACUAAGCUCUGGAGCUACAUCCAGCUCGACUGCCCCGGUGCAGCAAAGGCCUACCUCGAGCGCUCUGGAAGCGCACCUCUCUAUGUGAUGGGACAGGUAGAAGACAUUGUUGGCCACCGAUUUAAAUCGCUAGUUCUGGUCCUCCGGGAGCUGCCUCGGAUACACUCAUUGAACCUGCGAUAUGGACCUUCCGUUUUCGAUAACAACAUUCUCUACUGGCUCUUGUAUGGCACCACGGCCCUUUGUCUUCGAUCGGUGUGUCUGGGCUACACAUUCCCCUCCCAAGUUGUCAUGUAUAAUCUCUUGCCCCUCCCAUGGAAGACUGCCCAAACUACUCACCUCGAAUUUCGAGACUUUGGGACAAGUUCUGUUAUACCUGCCCUGCUGCCGACCAUCACUCAUCUUCGCCUUCUCAACCCCCUCGAACCAUGGAGCGUCCUGGAUAUAACAGGCCUUUGUCAUGCACUUCGGGAAAUGCAUCUACUCCAAUCACUCGAAUUGACGGACCGGGACUCUGAUAUGCACAGGACUUGGGCGAGCGCAAUGCCCGAGAGAAUUUCUCUACCUGCGCUCCGUAGUUUGCGUAUCGAGGGCCGCCCCACACAAUGCCAAGUCCUCCUCCACACAUUACACUUCCCUGCCACAACCACUAUCUCCAUCUUCCAGUACAUCCCAGUAGAAACCGAAGACGACAGGCUAAAUGUGCCGGCCUCGAGUAGAAACGAAGUCAUCCGCGCAUACGCGUCCACAAUCAGCCGCGCGGGCCAGCUAGACGACUCGUUAGUCGCAACGCUAUCCUUCCGUACGCGCUACAUCCCCGAUCUAUACACGGACAGCGCCUCGCGAUUCCGGAUCACCUUCGAGGCGUGGCCGCAGGACAUGGGCGCGACAGGCUUCAAGUUUGCGGCCCGCACGCCGACCUUCCAGCUCGAGACGGUCCUGUCCGACGCCGACUUACUGCUGCGCGCCGUUUGCGGCACGCUCCGCCUCGACUCCGUCCGCGCCUUCUACCUCGGCGAUAUCCCGAACGUCUCGCGGCGCUGCUGGAUCGCGGCACUCCGGCACAUGGCGCGCCUUCGCACGCUUUGUGUCGUCGGCGCGGCCGCGGACGAACUCCCUGAGGCACUCUUCGCGCGCCUCCGCCACGCCACCCCCGCCGUCGUCGGUGACGGUGCGCUGCGCGGGCCGUUGCUCUGUCCCGCGCUCGAGCGUCUUGUUCUCCGCAACGUCGUCUGGCAGCCGUAUCACAGCACGAAUACGGCCCCGCGGUGUUUGGCGCAUGCGUGCGCUGAUGCGCUCACCGGAGGGGCACUCGGCACGCGCCUCCGCCGCUGCCUCCUCGGACGCCGCGUCCGCGGAGCCGCCCUGCGCCGGCUUAACAUCGUGCGUGCAAUUAACUUUGGCGAGGACGAGCGCGAAAAGAUUCGGGAGGCUGUGCAGGAGGUCGUCUGGGACGGUGUGUUUGAGGACCGUGAGGUGGAGAGUGGCGAGAGCGACGAGGACAUCACGGACCGCUCCGACUCAGGUAGGUCACGGUCUGGGGACGGUGGCUCAAGCGAGCAUUCUGGAAGCGAGUUGGAUAGCGAUAGCGAUGCGUCCGAUGAUGAGGACUACGAUGACGAGGACUACAAUAUCUAGCGGCAAGCUGGCUUGUGCCUUUGGGUGGCGAUACCAUAGUCUUCCGUCUUUUGCACGCGAUGCGGGUACUAUCGGCCUGCCACCCUGGCCGGAUACUCUGUACACAUUUUGCAGACCAUCUAUUCCUAAUUAUCUCGUAAUAACUCAGUAG